AUGUCUGGAGGCUACGAGGUCGACUAUGAUUCCGACUGCGACGUAUACGACUACGACGAUGAUUACAUCUACGCUGAUGCAGGUGCUUAUGACCUGGCCGAUGAACUUGCUUCUGGCGCCAUAGCCGAAGCGCCUGCCCUGUACUACCGCGAUGACGAACUUGACGAAUACGACAACUACAACUUCUGGUCCGAGAUCGAAUACGGCAACGCCGAAAUCUAUGAUCAAGAGAUGGCCCAUGAUGGGCACACAUCCAAACCCGACAAGAAGAAAAGAUCCAAGGCUUCCGACAUCAAAGAUACAAUCAGGAAGAUUCGAUUGCGCGGUAUUCAAGACUACCCGACUGUCCUGUGGAAGUCCUCGCAUGACGCUUUCAGCCUACGUCAACAACGCCCUGUCUACGAAAAACCACAACAACCCUACGCGCUUUUGCCAAAUUGGCAACAACUCCUGAAAGAUCGACCCGCUGUCUUCACUACAUCCCACGCCGCUACGAAUUCCGCCAUAGACGAGCAAGAAGACAACGAGUGGGAAGAUAUGUCAGGAGAAGAUGACGGAUCGGGUCAAAGUGAUGAGGAAGAGGAAGAGGUGGAUGAAAAUGAAGAUGAAGAGGAGGGCUUGGGUAUGCAGGACAUCGACCCGGAAAUGCUUAAGUCUGUACUCGCCGCAAGACUCUCCGCUUCAGGUAUGGCUGGCAAAGAUCAGACCGCAAUGAUGGAAGCCAUGAUGCAGAUGCUGGCAGGUGGUAACGGUGCCGGUACAGAUGAACUCCUUGAAAGCUUGACAUCAAACAUGUUGAACCAAGUAAGCGAAGAAGGUGGUGAUUCGACGAUGGGACAAUGGCUUUCUGGUCAGGGCGUCUCAUUGGACGAAGAUCACGAUGACGAAGAGCAAGGAGAUGUCACGCCUGGCGCGUCUGACGACUCCUCACCAAAAGACAGCGUAGCAGCCGAACCACCUGCUGCCCCCAAAUCCUCAGAACCAUCCAUCGAAGCACUGCUUGAGCCACAAUCAACCGGAAAAAAGCGAAAACACCCUCUAUCCGAGGAAGUCAAACAAGAUGAAGCGACCACUGGAUCCAUACUAGACGAAGGUCCCAAUCACAAAAGAAGCAAGCAAGAAGCCCAAAGAUCUUCGACUGCCUCUACUCAGUCUAAAACCUCGACACGCAAAUCAGCAGUGUCACAGUCGAAAUCAAGGAUCGCGAAUGAGAAGCCCACAGCGAAAUCAAAGACCAUUCCGCCAGCCAAGACCAGGCCUGAGACGACAAAGGCCACCAGACCUAAGCCUACGAUGACUCAAGCAAAAGAGAAUGUACCUUCGUCUGCUCCGACCACAAAUGCGACCACGCGAAAGCGCAAAGCUGCAGACGAGCAGGUACCAGAUGAGAAGCCAAAGCGGCAGUUGCGCAACUUCGCAGCACCAACUGCAAGCAGUCAAAACAAGACUACAGAGGCUAAGACUUCCGAGUCUAAGACCACAAGAAGCGGAAGAGCCAGAAAGUAA